CGACUCUUGGUGUCUGUUGCCAAGGGACGGAGAUGGGGGGCGCUGGUCUGCUGCCAGAACAGGGGCAUCUAAUGGCUCUAGGACAAGAUGGAUUUGGAUGACUGAAUGAAUGACCGACCGACCGACCGACUGAGCAUGCGGAGAAACAAGGCAGGAGAAGACGUUAGCAAGCGAAAUGUCAAUUGAAAGAGGAACUGUGGAUUGGGAUGGGGAAGGGGUAAGAAGAUGAUGGUGAUGAUGACGAUGAAGAAGAAGAAGCAUCGUCGGAAAGAAACAAACCGACCGUCCAAAAAGGGGAGAACCGGAGGGAUCAGUUGCGCAAGCCACGGCUGCCUGCGAGGGCGGGCACUUGUGGCGUCUCGGGAUUGCUUCGAACUCCCGAAUCGACCACAACGACGGCAUUGCAUUUCCCCAGUAGCUCCUAUUUGUCGGUCCAGUUACAAGUACAGUUGUGGGUAUUCCGAGCGACCUACAGCAUCAGCUGCAGCAGCAGCAACAGCAUGUGUGGGAACUCGGGCCUGCUCUGCUCUGCUCUGCGUUUGGUGACGGAAUCAGGGCGAAUUCCGAUUCCGGUGGAUCCAUCACCAAAGGUGGAAUCUGGUGGCAAGACAAAGUCGAAGACUCAAGGAAAGAAUCUGUUCCAAUUCAACGAGCGAGUGACAACAGUGCCGGAGGGAGCAGGGAACCAGAGGGCGGGAGGGAGGGAGAUAGAUGUUGUAAAGGAUGAUGGGUGACACCAACAAUAGCGGAGGGGGGUUGUGGCGGGGGCUAGUAUAAGAAGGAUUGGUGGGGGAUCUGGAGCUGGGGCUGGGGCUGCCGAUCGUAGUAGGAGGAGUACGGAAGCAGAUGCUUAGAGCUAGAGCCAGAGCCAGAGCCAGAACCCCUGCCUCUAUAGACAGACAGACAGACAGACAUUUAUGUCUUCAGCAGGACCUCAAUAGAGUCGGAUUACGUCUGUGAGCCGCAUGCAGAGAUGAGAAGAGUCAAGAGUGAGAGUUGUAAAACGUUGAUUCAUAGGACUUACGUGCCCAUCUGUCUGGAUCCUGAUCUUGGCCUCCACGCUCUAGAGCCGAAGAAGAAGAUCUUUCCUCCCCCAUAGGCCCUACUAUUAAUCUAUCUCUCUGCAAACUGGCCCAGUAAAGCCAUGGGCUUCUGGAGCAUCAGCCAGUCUGUGCUCGGCUAGUGUACUUUCAUCUUCUUCUUCUCCUCCUCCUCCUCCUCUUCCAUCUUCUCGCAUGCUUCAUGAACUAUAAUCCAGCAGCAAGUAGGCAGGCAGGCAGGUCCAGAGAGAGAGAGAGAGAGAGAGAGAGAGAGAGAGAGAGCAGGAGGUGCCGAUGCUUCUGAAAUUGGUGGCGAGCUCUCGGGUCUUGGGUGAUGGCGGACGACAGUUCGGGAUGGAACUGAUAUCAACCUCUCCUCUUCUCAGGGCCACUACUAUAAGCACGACGACAACAGCCGAGGUUGUUCGGGACGAUAGCAGUCGGAGGUAGUUUAGAAAGAAGGGAGGAAGGAAGGAAAGAAAGAAAGGAAGAAAGAUGGUUGCGUGGUUCAUAACUCUCGUCUCGCCCAUUUUCAGUUCGCCUUGUGGCUCAGCGGAGAUUCAUGCCUGCUUGCAUCCAGUUGUACAGCUGCAGCAGUGGAUGACAAUGACCGGGGUUCGGUAGCCUCGCACAUGUACACAAGCUCGUCUCCUCCCUCCCUUCCUCCCUCAGCUCAGUUCUGUUCGUUCAGUUAAGCUCAGCAUUGAUCGCUGAUAGCUUCUGCUGUAAAUAGAUUGUUCAAAGAGGUGAUAUUGACAGAAGUUAGGCAGGCAGGAAGGCGAGGGAAUUCGACGGGACCACUAGAGAAAAUGAUGACUGCUGUAGAAAUCAUCGGAUCGCUGGGUGGAUUGGGAUGGAUAGCCACGGUGGUCGGAUCGGUUCUGCUCCUCUUGAGCAUUCUGUAUCUGGGGAUAUGGCGCCCUUACAAGCUGCACACAUUCUACAAAAGCUUGCACGUGAAAGGGCCCCCGCAUCGUCCUUUGGUGGGAAAUUUGGCGGACAUCUGGACUUUACAGCGUCAGGUUACGAGAAUCAAAUGGGAGACUGCUGAUCCUGCGAACCUUGCUGCUCGAACUCUGCCCCAUUUGACUUACUGGGCCAAGCUCUACGGUCGGAUGUUCACGUACACGGAAGGUGCCAAGGUGAACCUUUGUGUGCUGGAUACGGAAAUUAUCAGAGAGUUGCUGGUUCUGAAAGCCGAUUGCUACCGGAGAAGCCCAUCGGGCUGGCUCUGGCGCAACUCUCAUGGAGCGAGUCGACAGUCGAAGCAGGAUAUAAUCGACAACAAGAUGAUCCACUGUGAACCAGAGCGCUGGUCGACACUUCGACGAAUUCUGGGCCCAGGGUCUGACAAAGAUCACGUUCAGGACUUGAUUUUCUCCAAGCCAUCUCUCGGAGGUCAUCCAUCCCAUUCCUUAGACUGCCUGCAGACGAUCGUGGAGAUCAGCAGAACUCUGAUCCGGAACUGGGACAUGCAACUGACGGAGGCUUCCACGAGCAGAGUGACCGUCGAGGCCAGACGCGAAAUCAAAAAGAUCAGCAUGGAAAUGCUUCUGACCAACUUGAUAGGCUCCACCAUGACCGCUGAUCAGCUGGAAGAACUGCACUCCAACUUCGGCGAAGACGAAGAAGAUCCCGUGACCACCACCGACCUUCUCAAAGCCCACUUCUCGCGAAUCAGAUCGAGCAGGGAGAGCUGGCUCAUCGGGCUGCUGACACAAACGUGCAAGGCGAGGCUGCAGAAGCGCGGCGACGAGGGCGACGAGCGGGAGCGGCAGGCAGGGGCAAGGGCUGGGGCUGCGGGAGGGGCAGGGGCAGGAGGGGGUUGGGGCUGGGGAGGGGCAGAGGACGAGCAGGACGAGAAGAACCGGGACCUGCUGGACCUGAUGAUCUCGGCGUCCGGCAGGCGGUCGUCGACGCUGGACGUGCAGAAGCUGGUGGCCGACUGCCAGAUGAUGGUCGCGGCGCAGAAGGCCACGACGCAGCUCAUCUCGCAGACGCUGCAGCUGCUGGCGCGCCACCCCGACUGGCAGACGCAGGCGCGCGCCGAAGUGCUCGAAGUCCGUCCGCUCGACUCGCCGACGGACGACGACGGCGACAGCAUCCCCAACUCCACGUACCCCAAGCUCGCCAAACUGAAAGUUAUGAACAUGAUUCUGAACGAGUCGCUAAGGCUGUUCCCGCCGAUUCUGUCGACGGAGAAGCUGUGCGAGAAGAGGCACCGGCUGGGCAAGUACACGGUGCUGCCGGGGACGUUCGUGCAGGUGCCCAUAGUACUGCUCCACCACAGCCCCGAGCUCUGGGGCGACGACGCGCUCUCGUUCCGGCCCGACCGGUUCGAGCACGGCGCCGGCGCGCGCCGGCCCUUCGCGCUGCUGCCCUUCUCGGCCGGCCCGUCCGUCUGCCUGGGCUACAACUUCGCGCUGCUCGAGGCCAAAAUCGUCCUGGCCUCCGUCCUCCGUAGCUUCCACUUUAGCCCCGCGCCCUCCACCGACCCCAGCCCCAGCCCCAGCCCGUCCGCCGCCGCCUCCAGCUGCCUCCUCAUCCGCAAGCUCGCCAGCGACGACGUUGCCACCGCUGCCCGCCAACGUCUAACCCGAAGGCACACCAGCUUCCUCUAGCCCCACCCCCCGAUCCGGGCAGGGCCGCAAACGGUAGCAUUGUUCCCCCUCGUUACCCCCUGCCCCUGCCCCGUCGUCGUCGUCCUUCUUCAUCUCCCUCCUGCUGCUCCUGCUCCAGCCGCCAACAAAGCCUCCGACUACUAGCGCCGCAUAGAACGAAUGAUUCAUCGAUUGGCCGGGCGAGUUCAUCGAUUCCUCACUCCCUCACUGACUCAAUUCACUGACUUUUUCACUCAUCCACUAACGCAUUCGGUUGCACGAUCGUCGCUCGCUCGUGGAGCGAAUUGGCCCGUGCACGCUGUCGAUCAGGCAACGGGCAAAUUUCACGUCCGAAGACAAGGAACAGGCUCUCGCCGCGCAGUUCAAGUGCAAGUCAAGCUUCACAUUUCGAAGCGAGAGUCGUCACUUUUCUCAAGCAUCAGGAAGAUAUGAAACGAUCGAGAAAUCUUCGGGCCCUCGACAGCUGACCGCAAGUCCUGAACAGCAGGGACUCCGAUGGACAUCAGAACUAGAGAGUAGAGUUUCCAGAUUAGAGCAGCUGACAGACGACCUUGUAAAUGUAUCAGUAGCAGUGGCGCUAGUACCAACAGGAGCGGCUGAUUGUAAAUGUAGAUCCAGUUCCCUCAGGACCCCGACUCAAAUGCAAUGUAAUGCGACAGUAGACUCCGCCAGGCCGUCCACACUUGUGUAUAUCUUAAACUCAGAUACAGUCGAGUUGUGACACUACGAGUGAAAACGCAACCAAAAUUUUUUUGCAACCUCGGUGUACUC